AACCAUUCAUGAGCCCUUCUUCUCAACUCUCCUGUUCUCUUCUCCGUCGGGUCUCUCUCUUUUCUUAAGCGAUCCACAAUAUAAAAACAUCUCUCUCGCAACUUAGUCCUCUGCUGUUUCCUUCUCUAGGAACCAGAUAAUUUGCUCGCUGCCGACUGGAAGAUCUUCGGCGUUCUCGUGGUUCGCUUAUCUGAUCGAAGACAUCGUUAUCAUUUCUUGAUUGCGAUUGUCAUCGGAGUUUUUGACUCUGGAGAAAGAAUGAUUUCUUUUGAAGAUUAAGAGAAUUACGAAGAUGAAGAGGUCUAGAGAUGAUGUCUACAUGAGUUCUCAACUCAAACGGCCGACGGUCCCCUCUCGCACCGAACCCUCUGGGCAACCUCAGUUAAUGGGUGGAGGGAGCACUCAAAAAUUAACAACAAACGAUGCAUUGGCUUAUCUCAAGGCAGUUAAAGACAUAUUUCAAGGCAGAAGAGAGAAGUAUGAUGAGUUCCUUGAAGUUAUGAAAGAUUUCAAGGCUCAAAGAAUUGACACUGCUGGUGUCAUAACAAGAGUAAAGGAAUUAUUUAAAGGGCAUCGGGACCUAAUUUUGGGUUUCAAUACCUUUUUGCCAAAGGGCUAUGAAAUCACCCUUCCACCUGAGGAUGAACCUCCUCUAGUUAAAAAGCCUGUUGAAUUUGAAGAAGCAAUCAAUUUUGUGAACAAAAUUAAGACAAGGUUUCAAGGUGAUGAUCGCGUGUAUAAAGCUUUUCUUGAAAUUUUGAAUAUGUACAGAAAGGAGAACAAAUCCAUUACCGAGGUCUACCAGGAGAUUGCCUCUCUUUUUCACGAGCAUCCUGACUUGCUUGUGGAGUUCACUAAUUUUCUGCCCGAUCCUUCAGCAGCAGCCUCUCUUCCACAUGCGUCGUCUGGUAGGAAUUCUAUCUUCCAUCGUGAUGAUAGGAGCUUGCCUACAGCGAGGCCUAUGCAUGCUGAAAAGAAACCUGUUGUGUCACAUGCUGAUCGCGACCUCAGUGUUGAUUGGCCAGAACUUGACCAUGAUAAGGCACUGAUGAAAGCUGACAAAGAGCAGCGAAAGCGAGGUGAAAAAGAGAAGGAUAGAAGGGAAGACGGAGAUCGAAAAGAACGGGAGCAGGAUGAUACAGACUUUGAGAAUGGUGAAAUGCACCGGUUUCCCCAUAGAAGGAGAUCUGCCCAUAGGUCUGAAGACUCAAUUGUUGACCAAUUACGCCAGGAAGGGGAAGGCACAGAUAACUUUGGAACAGGCCCUGGUUCAUCUUCUUAUGAUGAUAAAGCUGCUUUGAAGAGCAUGUACAGCCAAGAGUUUGCCUUCUGUGAGAACGUGAAGCAGAGAUUACAAGUUCCGGAGCUCUACCAGGAUUUUUUGAAGUUCCUUAAUAUCUAUAGCAAAGAAAUAAUUACAAGAUCUGAUUUGCAAAAUAUGAUUGGUAACUUAUUUGGUAGACAUCCAGACUUAAUGGAGGGGUUCAAUGAAUUUUUGUCACGCUGUGAAAAGAUUGAUGGUUUUCUUGCUGUUGCUGGUUUUAUGAGUAAGAGACCCUCUUGGAAUGAAGCAAAUUUAUCUAGAUCACCAAAUGUAGAGGAUAGGGAUCGUGAGAAGGAUGACACAGAUAAGGAUAGAGAUUAUGAAAACAGAGAAAGAGAUAGAGUUGACAAAUUUGUAGCAUUUGGCAGUAAAGAGGUAGCAGGCCAUAAGACAUCUGUAUGUUCAAGCAAGGAUAAGUUUAUGGGAAAACCAAUUCAAGAACUUGGCCUCUCUAACUGUGAACAAUGCACUCCCAGUUAUCGGCUGUUGCCAAAGAAUUAUCCAAUUCCUGUAGCAAGCCACAGAACAGAGAUUGGUGCCAAAGUACUAAAUGACCAUUGGGUAUCAGUCACUUCUGGAAGUGAGGAUUACUCUUUUAAGCACAUGCGGAAAAACCAGUAUGAGGAAAGUUUGUUUCGUUGUGAAGAUGACAGGUUUGAACUGGACAUGUUGUUAGAGUCUGUAAAUGCGACAACUAAACGCGUAGAGGAGCUGCUGAGCAAGAUCAAUGAUAAUGCUCUCAAAAUGGAUGGUCCUAUUCAUAUUGAGGAUCAUUUGACAGCUCUGAAUAUGAGGUGCAUUGAACGCUUAUAUGGUGACCAUGGACUCGAUGUGAUGGAUGUAUUAAAGAAGAAUGCACCUCUUGCGUUGCCAGUAAUAUUAAUUCGAUUGAAGCAGAAACUAGAUGAAUGGGCUAGGUGUCGUGCUGAUUUUAAUAAAGUUUGGGCUGAAAUCUAUGCUAAGAACUAUCACAAGUCACUUGAUCAUCGAAGCUUUUACUUCAAGCAGCAGGACACAAAGAGCUUAAGCACAAAAGCCUUAUUGGCGGAGAUCAAAGAAAUCAGUGAAAAUAAGCGGAAGGAAGAUGAUGUGCUGCUUGCCAUUGCUGCUGUAAACAAGAGAGCCAUCACUCCACAUAUGGAGUUUGAAUACUCUGAUCCAGAUAUCCAUGAAGACCUCUACCAGCUGAUCAAAUAUUCGUGUGGUGAAGUUUGUACAACUGAACAACUGGAUAAGGUUAUGAAGAUCUGGACAACUUUCCUGGAACCGAUGCUUGGGGUUCCCUUUCGGCCUCAGGGCACAGAAGAUAGAGAAGAUGUGUUAAAGGCUAAGAACCAUACUUCACGAAGUGGUGCUGCUAGUGUUGGAGAAAGUGAUGGUUGUCCAGCUGGUGGUACGACUGUACAUACUACCAAAGAAUCAAAUCCCUCUAGAAAUAGAGAUGAAAGUACUACACCUGAACAGUCAAGUUCUUGCCAAGCUUGGUUGGCCAGUGGGGAUAAUGUGGAUCAUACUAGUAAAAGUGAUCCUUUGUAUAAUAUGCCUCAACAUGGAAAUGCUCAGAGUACUACUAUGGCUGAUGAUGGGGCCAGCAAGCAAGUAACUUUAAAGGAGCAGCUGGCCAGCUCAAACACAUCCUUGGCUUCUGGAGCAGAUGAAUGUCAUGGAAGAGCAAACACAACAGGGCUUUGUGCUACUGCUACCAGAUGUAGCAAUGCUGUUGUUGAGGCUGCGCUUGAAAUGAAGUCUACCGAUCCAAUUUUACCUUCUUCACGGGGUGGUGAUUGUGCAAGACCAGUUUCAUCUUCGAAUACAACUACUGAAGAAGGCUUCAAAGUUCGCAGUUAUUGUGAAGAACCCAUUGGGCACUCUAAAAUUGAAAGAGAGGAGGGUGAAUUAUCUCCAAAUGGAGAUGUUGAGGACAAUUUUGUUGCAUGUGGAGACGGUGGCAUGGAGGGUGCACGUAAAAUGAAGGUUAGUCCUGCAAGGAGGCAAUAUCAAACCAGACAUGGAGAAGACAAACGUAAUGGAGAGAUGGGCAGUGAAAAUGAUGCUGAUGUCGGUGAUGAAGGUGAGGGAAGCGGUCACAGGUCAUCAGAAGACAGUGAGAAUGCUUCUGAAAAUGGUGAUGCUUCAGCAAGUGAGUCUGCUGAUGCUGAAGAUGGAGAACGUGAUGAAAAUGAUAAUAAGGCUGAAAGUGAAGGCGAGGCUGAAGGGAUGGAUGACGCCCAUGAUGUUGAAGGGGAUGGAACAUUGUUGCCAUUCUCUGAGAGUUUUCUACAAACUGUAAAGCCUCUCAGAAAGUAUGUUCCUCAGGCAUUACCUGAAAAGGAGAAGGAUUCUUGUGUUUUUUAUGGAAGUGAUAACUUCUAUGUGCUUUUUAGGCUUCAUCAAACACUAUAUGAGAGAAUGCAGUCAGCAAAGGUUAAUUCUUCAUCUGCUGAGAGGAAGUGGAGGGGUUCAAAUGAGACAAGUACAACUGAUCUGUAUGCUAGAUUCAUGACUGCACUUUACAAUUUACUUGAUGGUUCCUCUGAUAAUACAAAAUUUGAGGAUGAUUGCCGAGCUAUUGUUGGAACUCAGUCAUACAUUCUCUUCACAUUAGACAAGUUGAUAUUUAAACUUGCGAAACUGCUUCAAAUGAUUGCCGCUGAUGAGACAGACAACAAAUUCCUCCAGCUGCAUGCAUAUGAAAAAUCAAGAAAACCUGGAAGUUUUGUUGAUGCUGUAUAUUAUGAAAAUGCUCGUGUUCUUCUUCAUGAUGAACCGAUAUAUCGGAUUGAAUGUUCCUCUGCACCGGCACGUUUGUCCUUGCAGCUUAUGGACCAUGCUCAUGAUAAGCCUGAAGUAGCUGCAGUUUCAAUGGACCCUAAUUUUUCGGCUUAUCUGCAUAAUCACUUCUUGUCAAUUGCUCCCAAGGAAAAGGAGAAAGGGACUUUCUUGAAAAGAAACAAGCGCAAGUAUGGAGGAGACGAGUUGUCCGCUACACUCCGAGCCAUGAAGGGGCUGGAAAUCGUAAAUGGUCUUGAGUGCAAGAUAUCUUGCAUGUCUUCCAAGGUCUCUUAUGUCUUGGACACUGAAGAUUUCUUGUUCCGCGCUAAGAGCCAAAGGAGAACUCUGCAUCACAAAACUCCAAGCAAUGACCCAGGGAAGGUCUCAAAGAUUCGCCAAACCAGAGUGGAACGGUUCCGUAAGUUGCUUUCUGGUUCAUAAGAGUGUGGUGUUCUGCAACAAGUAGAUAUGCAAAUAGGAUGUGAUUUUGGUGGAUGUGCUGGAAGUGGAAGAGAUGUUGGAACCGCAAAGUGGGAGAGCUGUGGAGGAAUCAUGUGUUAUAUAUAGUCAAUCCAUUUCUCUCCCCAAUUCAAUUAAAGCAAAGCAAAAAAAAAAAAAAAAGAAAAAAGAAAAGAAA